GUGUUUUUCAAGAAAUCUAUGUACUUGGAGGCAUAUAAGCCAGUGAUUUACCCUGUUCCUGGUCCAGAUAGCUGGGUGAAAACUCCAACACCUGACAUUGAACCACCACAGUUCAAAGAUGACAAGAAGGGGCCAGCAGAAGAGAAAAGGAAAAAAGGAAAGUUUGAGCCACCUCAAGCAAAGCAGACAUCUAGGAUGGCUACUAUAACAUGUGGGAACUGCAAGCUGCAAGGACACAAGUACACAAGUUGUCCAAAGCCAUUGAGGCCUGAUCUGCAAAUCAGGAAGAACAAGCACAUGGCAAACAGGACUGUACCAGAAUGGCACCAUGGUGCAGCUUCAUCAGCUACUGGAAGUGCUAGGGGUGCACCAUCAUCAUCUACUACAAACUCCUCUCCUGCUGCUACUGGAAGGGGAGCAAGGUAUGCUACUACUCCUGCUGCUGCUGGAAGGGGAGCAAGGUCUGCUACUACUCCUGCUGCUGGAAGGGGUGCUAGUUCUUCUCCUACUGCUGCUGGUAGAGGUGCAAGAUCUUCCACUGCUGCUGGAAGGGGUGCAAAAAGGUUCAAGCCUCCAAGAAGUUCUGCAGAAGCUUCUACUAGCCAGCCUGCAGGCAGUAGGCCAAAGAGGACAAAGUACAUGAUCAAGAGGAUGGAGGGGUACUUCUAUGCCAGUGGGAACUACUAAAUGCUCAAAUUUGAAGUCUGUAUGCAAGUGCAUGUGUGCUAAAUCAGGCAUUACAUCACUUUAUUUAUGACAUUAUGAACCUAUGU